UAUGGCAAUGUAUAGAUUAGGAAGUUAGUUUCGUCGUUUUGUUAGGCUGUUCUGUUAUUUACAUUUUAUUUUUUGCAUGUUGUGUUCAUGUUAUCUAUUUAUUCUUAAAUUAGGAAAUUUUAAAUGCACAUUUUAUCUCCCGAAUAUGUUUGAUUAUGUCUUCAUGUGAUUAUAGUUGAUUAUUUUCCAUAAAAUUAUUUUGAUCGCGACGUGUUCUUGUUUACUUCUUAUACUUCCUGCUGAGAGAAAUAAAUUAAACGUCAAGUUUAUGUUUUUAAUCAUUUUCCUAUACGAGUGCUAAUCAUCCAUUGUGUUAAGUAUGACAUUUCAAGUGUUUUCAUGAUGUUCCUGUAAUUUUGACUCAUCUGAUUAUUGCGUAAUGGAAGGUGUAGUACACGAUGGUUGGCUUGUUAAGUCACCUCCUGAGAAAAGGAUAGUUAAGCCGAAAUGGCGGCACAGGUGGUUUGUUUUAAGACACUCUGGUCUGCUUCCAGGACAGUUUAUUUUGGAAUAUUUUACUGAUAGUACAUGCAAAAAAUUGAAAGGCAAAAUUGAUUUAGAUCAAUGUGAACAGAUUGAUGCUGGCUUACCUGUUGACAGCAAAGUUGCAGGUUAUCAGUUUAUGUUUGAUAUAAGAACUCCUAAGCGAACCUACUAUCUUUUAGCUGAAACUGAAGCAGAUAUGAAUAAAUGGGUGGAAUGUAUUUGUUCUGUCUGCGGACUGAAAAUUCAUACUGAAGAAGAUUUUUUAAUGCCACAGGAUCCUUCUUCUACUUCUACCAAUCCUAGUACUGUAGUAACAAGCUCAAACUUAACAGCAGUGAAGAGCUCUUCUAACCCAUAUAUUCCUAUUAGUGAAUGCUAUACUGGUAAACCCGUUUUGAAUGGUAACUUUUCUUCUUUAGACGGUCUUGUGCAAUUAAAUACUAGCCAGUCUACUAAUUCAUCAGAUGGAUUUGGUGAUGUACCAAAGGAACCUCCACCACCACCACCAAAAAGCGAUUGGACUCCUAUGCCCAAUCCCAUAUCAGAUGAAUUCUAUGAUCAUCCAAAACCUCUCAAUCACAAUACCAUUGAUACAAAUCAUGUAUCAGAAGAUGCUGAUAGUGAUGAAAUGUACAAAUUUCCAAAACAUGUGAAAUCAAAUUCUCUGUCUUCUCCAAACUCUGACGUUUUUAGCACUUUACCUCCAAAAGUCAAUUGGAAAACAUAUCCAGAUGAUGCCUUUCUCCCCAUUAGCAGCACUGUACCAAGAAGGAAGGCUAGUGCUUCAUCAGAAGUUAAUGUGUAUGAUGUUGUACCUUCAUUUCAUGGGUCCAUAAAAGAGAUUAAACAACCGCAGAAGAAAGUUCAAAGUUUAGCAAAUCAUUUUGAAAGUAUAUCUUUGAAAACAUCUCCUGAGACACAGCAACAACAACAAAGCAGGUUUCAAGAAGCUGAGUACAUUAAUCAAACCAGCAUAGUUCCUCCAAGACCACCAAAACCUUCUAAACUGAGAGAGAGACACAGAUAUGAAAACUUUGAGCUUCCGCAUCAAAUACAUAAGGAAGAUCCCAAUUAUGAUGUUCCUCCUCCUCCUAAAGGAGCAUUUAGUAAAGGUGUAAAAAAUGAAGAAGCUCAGGAAAACCUGCAAACUGCUCAUGUGGAAGGUGCCACUGCUAAGGAGGCGACAAUGGAUGAUAUGUAUGAUUUUCCUCAGCCACAACAUGUGGCCAAAUUUCGUGGUGAAGAUAACAUCAAUGCAGCUGUUCCUCCUCCUCCACCUCAAAACACUGGUACCUCUGAAAGAAGGCGACGACAUGCUUAUACAAAUGCUCCACCUGGACUUUUUAAUAGCAAAGACUUAAUAUUCAAUUAUGAGUAUCGACCCAGUUUAAUUUCUGAUGACUAUUUAAGUGCAGAUUGCGCAAGAAGUCUUCAAUCCAGUAGUGAUGCUGCGACACCACCUAGUCCAUCUGCUAUUGGUGCCUAUGCCAACAUACCAACUAGUCCUACAUUAGUUAACUCUAUUAAAAGUGAAAUUCCACCUGCUGUUAAUAGAGAAUUAAAGCCAAAGCGAAUCAUGAGCAAUGAAGAUCAAGGCUCAUUCAGCUUUUUGACUCUUCAACCACCCCCAGUAUGUCGUUCUAGGACAAAGGCUAAUAAAAGAAGUUUUAGAAAACCAAGAGCUGCUCCUAGUCCAACUCCAUCUUCUGUAAAUGGCAUGCCACCAGUACCAAAUCGAUUUAGACAUCAUCCAGAAAUGUCUACAGCAUCAGAUGAUGAAGGAAUAAAUUCUAAUGGCAGUCGUAGAAAUUCAUCCAAUGACGAACAAGCUAGACAUUUCUUUCAAGCCCCUUUGAAGAAAGAUGAAAUUCAGUAUUUGGAUUUGGACCUUGACUCUGAACCAUCUCCAAGUCCGAAAACGCCUGAUCGACUUUCUGCAUCCACUGUUUAUAAAAAAGUUGAUUUUGUGAAGACUAAGGCUUUUAAUGAAAUGAGACAAAAUGUAGAAGAAUCAUAUAGGAAAUCUCAAUGAACUGCUUUACUUUUAGUUUUUUAUUUUAUAGACCCUAAUAUAAAACUCAGUGAGCAAAUGCUGUGUUGACGUAUUUCUGAAAAACGCCUAGUCUUGCAAUUGCAAAUAAUUUGACCUUAAUAGCACAUGUUAUUUCUUCAUUAUGUAUAUAUGUUACAACUGUUUAUGAAAGUUACAUGAGGUCUUACUGAAGCGUGUUUUAAAUAUAAAAUGUGCUGUUCAAUCAUGAUCAUUAUUAAGUUUAAAUAUUUAAAUGAUAUGUAUUGAAUCAUUUAAUAUUUUUAUGGGCCUGACAUUUUUACUCAUUAUCAGAAUAUAUAAAUUAUAAUUUUUCAUUUUCAGCUCCUUUUUUUAGAUCAUCACUGAAUGUGUUCAUUAAACAAAUCAUUUUUUCAUUUCAUUCUGAUGUUUGUUUGUUUUUUUACAAAAUAUUUUUAAUAACAGAUUUAUUAGUUUCUAUUCUUAAACUUUUAUUUAAUUAACGCCUUCAUAUUUAUAAAAAUGAAAUUUUGUAAUUGAUUUCUCACUCAUUUCAUAAUGUACUAAAACUAGGGUACUUUUGGUAUUGGCAUUAUGAAGAAUUUAAUUUAAUGAUUUCAUAACAUUUAUAAUGAUGAAUUAAACAUAUUUUUAGUAUGAAUAUAAAAGCGUAAUUUUUUAAAACU